AUGACGACAAAGAGCAAGGUCUCAACGCGGCUACUAGAAUGGGAAAAUUCAUGCAAGCACCCAGUGUUGAACCUAACCCCAGACCGAGUCGCUACACUGUGCUCCAGAAACUCAGCCACGGGACUCUCACGAUUACUCUCCAAACUAUUCCUCACGCCAUCGAAACCCACAAUAACGACUAAAAACUUACAAACGUACCACAACGGUGGAUUCUGGGUGCCGACGGGGGAAUUGCCAGCAAUUGAGCAUGCAAUCCACCGUCACCUGUGGCAACGCUACGGUCAAGGCCUAAUUUACUGUCACGGAUGCGACCCAUCAGGGAAGAAAAGACACCGGGAAUGGUUCAGAGUACCGGUAUGCGACCUACCUUGGCUCCUAACAACCUUGGACAGAUUCUGUCAAGGCCUAAUUCGCUAG